AGUAAGCAAGUUCAGGCGGAUUUUACCCAGAGUUCAGAGUUAAAGUCAGGAUAGUUAAAAGAUGCUUUCUGAAAUACCCCCCUUAGUUUUUUAUUAGACAAAAACUACUAAAGCUAUUGCUACUAUAAAGAAAAGGCACUCAAGAUCUGGGAGUGAAGUUAAUACAGACUACAGGAUUCUUCUUAUGUUACAUUUAUUGUGAUCUUUGUCAAGGAAAAGGUACUUUGGCUCAAAAAAAAAAAGGUUAACCAGGGAGUAAAAUGUUGCACUUUAGAGACUAUUGUUGCUUGUGUUGGAUUGUUAACGUUUUUAACCUACAUUUUCUAAGGAUUUCCAGCUCGGAGACUGAUGUCAGAAGUGGAAUCGGUGGUUUUGUAAAUGGAUAUUCGUGUGCGUGUCACUUUAAGAGUCGGUCUUCGGGUGGCUUCUUGAUAUUAAUAGAGCUGCUGUGUCUUCCUCUUGUGACGUAAUGCCCACAGCCUACAGAGACAGGCAAAGAAAUCCUGUCACAGUAAAGCGAUAACACUGGUCUGAAAAAAGAAAAAAAAAAAAGAUAACGCACUGCUGUGUUUUGGUUUCCUGCAAGCUGCAGAUCUGGGCGGGUAAUUGACAAACUCUAGCAUCGGAAUAUUGUAUUGGCUGAGCCAAACUCAGUCAUGAAUCAGUCUUUUUUUUUAAGUCUAGUUUUAUGGACGAAGCCUUAACUAUCUCUCCCUCUCAGACCAAAGAAAAAAAAGCCAAGACACAGUCACACCGUCCGACAUCAUCAACAAACAAAAACACCAGAAAGAGACGAAGCAGCCUGCCAGCCACCAUCUUAACAGGGCACUGAGAGACACACAACACACUGAGAAAAGACGCUAAUGCUUAUUUUGAUCAACAGGUUGUUGACGACUGUAAAGACUGAUGUAAACCAGAGUUGGGAGAAAAAGAAGUUAGAGGACAGCACGAGACCCACUUCACUUCAAUUUGGAUCUACAACACAUUUGAUCAAAUGCAAAGCUGUAAUGCUGGUUAGCUGGACAACAUGCAACAGUCCCAAAGCAAUGCUGCUUGAGGUUUUAAAACUCCAAGGAAAAGGCUGCUGAACAUUUUUUUUGGGGGCCUGGUGUUCAGGGACCCAUGAGGAGUUGACCUGAGGACGUAAAGGGAUAGUAGUUCAGAUCUGUCAUCUGAUUUCUGCUUUCCAUUGCAUCACUGUGGAGUACAGAGAAACGCUAGCUGACCUGUGCCCCUGGAGCAACUGUUAAGCUACCAGGUUGCCUCGAGCUGCUUUACCAGAGCUGAUGCCAAAGCUAGAAGUCUGCCAUGGUGUUUUUAUAACCUGAUGACAAGACAAGAAAGUCCUCUUAGAUUUGAAAGUUGCCAUCAUCACUGCAUUAAUGAACUUCAAACGUCACAGAGGAACAGCACAGAUGGAACAAAGUUAGAGAUGGUGAGGAAGAAGAAUCCCCCUAUCCGGAGUGUAGGAGGUAAGGAGGAAGAGGAAGAAGAGGGGGCGAGGCAAGCAGGAGAAGAAGAGGAGGAAGGAGAGGAGGACAGAGUGGGAGGGGAGGCCAAACGAACAAACCUAUCUUCUGAGCCUGAUGCCUCCGAGCGCAUUCGAGGGGAUGAGGAGCAGGAGGAGGAAGAGGGAGAGAGCGAGUGCGUCUCCUCAUCUGUUUCACCCUCAUCUGUUGGUGAUCGCAACUGCAACGAUGAGCGAGGGGGGAGAAGAGCUGUAGGGGGGAGGGCUAAGCAAGGCGAGGCAACUGUGGCGGAGAGACCGGAGGGCCUGUCGGAGUCUGAGGACGGGGAGAGGGGCGCCGAGGAGAGAGAAAGGGGUCCCAAACACAGAACCAAAGCAGAUCAUCUCUUUGCCCCCCUCCUGCUGUCCAGACAGGAAGGAGGGGAGGAGUCCACAACUGACACUCUCCGACUCGCCUCCAGCCCCUCUCCCAAACUUCAGGACUUUAAAUGCAACGUGUGCGGAUAUGGUUACUACGGCAACGACCCCGCUGACCUGGUGAAGCACUUUAGGAAGUAUCACCUUGGUCUGCACAACCGCACACGACAGGAUGCUGCCCUCGACACACACAUCCUGGCCCUACACAACAUGGCACCAAGUUUAGAUAUGCAGGUCGGACAAGGACAGAGAAGCCAAACCAAAGAGCCGGGAAAGAUGAGAAAAGAUUCUCAGAAUCCACAGCACAGGACAGUUGUGAUGAACGGCACGUACGACGUACAGGUGACGCUUGGUGGAAUGUUGAUUGGUAUCGGACGCAAGACCUCUGACUGCCAGGGAAACACUAAGUAUUUCCGCUGCAAAUACUGCAACUUCACAUACAUGGGCAGUAGUUCGUCUGAGCUUGAGCAGCACUUUCUGUCCUCGCAUCCCAACAAAGUCAAAACCCCUCCAACCACACCUAUGACUGCGGCCAACAACCUGGUAACUCACGACAACCAGCUGAAAGGUAGGAUCCAGAACAGCGAGAGCGUUGAGCGAGUGGCGGUACGAGCCGAUGAUGAUGCCCUGGCUGGAUACUGCAUCCCAGGUGGGGCGUGCUCAGACUCCCUAGCCUGGACUGGGGAAGAUGGUCGAGGAGCUACGCAGGCGUAUUACUUGUGCAAAUCUUGCAGCUGGAGUUGUGAGUGGUCAGGAGGUUCAGCAAAGCUUUUGGAGCACUAUGAACAAAGACAUCGAGGGAGUCCAGGAGGAGCUGUGAGCCCCAACAACACUAUUUCUGCUGGGACAGAAAGAGGAGGAAGAAGAGAUGGGGUAGAGAAAGACUAUGUGGUGUUCAAAAGUUGCAAAGAUCAGUUACCUAACCCAUCCAGCACCAGCAAAGGGGACCCAAACUGCAGUGAUUCAGACCCAGUGGUGACCAGUUACAACUGUCAGCUUUGCGAUUUCCGUUACUCCAUGGCCCACAAUGCUGACGUGAUAGUGGUUGCUCCCUUGCUGCUGCACUACCAACACAACCACUCCAUUCAUCGUUGCUGCAUUCAGCAUUGCGUGUAUUGUCCUCAAGGCCACUGUCAGCCACAUAAGCACCUCGGGGAGGUAUCCCAUCCCUUUGCCUGUCGGAAGUCCACCUGUCCUAAAUGCUGUUCCAAGUUCCCUCAGCUCACCAAACAGCAAGAUGCCAUCACUUCAAAUCCCACAACCAGCACCUCGCCCUGUGUGACCCCUCCUAACCAGAGAGGCGACCCUAGUGUAAUUUCUGGUCCGACCUUUCGGCUCUCUGACCCUGCACAUCCUGUUGUCACCCAAGGCGUCACCCACUUGUGUGAUCAGUGUGCGUUUGCCACAACGGAUAUUGAUGUAUUGCUGCAACACUAUGAAAGUUGCCACACUCUGAUCAACCUGAAGGGGGUCGCUCCACGAGUCAAAGCUGAGGAGAAGGCUGAGGGAGACAAGGAGGAAGGAAAAAGAAGAGGACGAGAAAGGCAAUACUCGUGUGCAAAAUGCCACUUCAUCACAGAAGUAGAAGAAGAGAUUUUUAGACACUAUAGGCGUGUCCAUGCGUGUUGUCGUUGUCGACACUGUGACUUCACGGCUCCCGAUUCAUCUGCACUUCUUGACCAUUUCAACUCUUCCCAUUGUCACGACUCGACUCCCGCGUCGGGAUCGUUGCCCACCACGCUGACUCCAUCGCUGACGCUCUCGACCAAUGGCUGCUCAGCUCCUUCUACCUUAGCCAUUAAAGAAGAAAGCAAGGGGGACCUGCGCCUCCUCUACUCUCUCGCACCACCUGAGGGAGGAUUGGCAGAAGGAGGCAGAGAGGAGGCAUGCAGGGCAGUAAAAAGCGAAAGGGGGGACGACAAAGAAAGAGAGCGAGAAAAGGGCUGGGUUCUUGGGGAGGCUAGAGGACUGGGAGAGAGGGGGGGCGAGCAGGCCCACGGACUACUCUGGGUUCCAAAAGAACAAAUGGGGCCUGAAAAAGGAGUGGACAGAGGAGCGGAAAGUCGUACCCCGUCCCUUUUCCACUCCUCCCUCUCAUUAUCGUUUGUUUCGCCCAAUCACGAUGCCUCACAGAAGAAAAGGGGCGUGGCUUUACCUGGGAUGAUUUACCUGGGAGACACCAAGUCAUUUUUGGGAGAUACUAAGUCGUAUUUGGGGGAGUCCCAGCUCUCCCAAAUAGGAGGAAGAUCGGGAGGAAAUGCUCCAAGUGGAGGUGGAGCAGAGAAGCAGAGCCAAAUUGCACCCCAACAGUACACAGGUGGUGGAGGAGGAAGUGAGAGUGGUGGUGGAGGAGGACCACAGGAGGGAAAAGGAGGGCCGACAAAGGAGGAGUCCCAAUCCCUGUUGCGGCGCCGCAGAGGCAGUGGGGUUUUUUGUGCCAACUGUCUGACCACCAAGACAUCGCUCUGGAGGAAAAACGCCAAUGGCGGCUACGUCUGCAACGCAUGUGGUUUAUACCAAAAACUCCACUCAACACCCAGACCUCUAAACAUCAUCAAGCAGAACAACGGGGAACAAAUCAUUCGCCGGCGAACCCGAAAACGGCUCAACGCUGACUCGCUCUCCUCUGAAACCCCCCCCUCAAAGCAACAGCGAAUCAGUAGUGAGGAGCGAUUGAAUGGAGAGGAGUCAGAACGAAGCUGCGCACCACUGAAAGGCCAGCAGCCUUCGCCUCGCUCGCGCUCACCCCGCUCCACUCAAGCUUUCUUAGCCAGUCAGACAUUGGAGAUCCAUAGGAGAAUGCCUCCUCUCCUCCUCCCCUCUCAUACCCCGUCGGCUAUGGCAGCAGAGGGAAAUGGGGGCAUCACAGAAGGAGGAAUACCAUCAAAAAUGGAUGGAGGAAAAGGAGGAGGGGGAUCAGAAAGAGGGAGUCCGAUAGAAAAGUACAUGCGUCCAUCCAAACCGUCUAGUUAUUCACCUCCAGGUUCUCCAAUUGAGAAAUAUCAAUAUCCUCUUUUCUCGUUGCCUCUUCCUUUAGCCAUUUCACCUGAUUUGACUCCUGAAUCUGAUUGGCUCAGGUUCUGGACUAAGUAUAAAAUGGCAGCGACAGCUUCUGGGAUCCCAGGGAACAUCAGUAACUUGAGCAGCCCCAGUAGCCUCGGAAACAACCCCAACUAUCUCGGUACGAUGGGGACUUCGGUACAGCAUCAUCAGCAAAGCUACACUGUGCCUUACUGCCCCUCUCCUUACUCUCCUCUUCCUCCUCCUCCACCCCCCCCUCACUAUACUUCUCCAAAUAACACCCAGACAUCUUCCUCAACAUUGCUAGAAAACGAGGGUCCUUUAGAUCUUGCAAUAAAGCAAAGAGAUGCAAGCGGGGCGAACACGAAUGUGUCAACAAACGGCCAAGAAAGGAGACUACGAGACUCUCCUCUCUCUGAAAAGGAAACGGGGAACUGGAAAAAAGAGAAGGAAGAGGACAAGACAGAUGAAGGAGAAGAUCCAAGUGUGGAAACAGAGAGGGAAGUGAAUGACAAUUUGACAAGAAUUCAAUCAUCAGUAUGUAUAGCAGUAGACGUGGCCACGCAGGAUGACCUAACCAGCCGCUGCAUCCACUGUGGGAUCUGCUUCCUAGACGAAGUCAUGUAUGCUCUGCACAUGAGUUGCCAUGGCGACAAGGGACCAUACCAAUGCAGUUUUUGCCAACACAUGUGUGUAGACCGUUACGACUUCACCACACACAUACAGAGGGGGUUACACAGGUACACAGACAAAAUGUCACAACAGAGGGGGCACACACAAGAAGGCCACAUUCAGAAUGCCACGGUGAUGUCAGAGCCUGAGUGUCGAGACGAAGCGGCAGAGCAAAAAGAUGCAGAAAUCACAAGUAAAAGUGAGGCCGUCGUGGUAGCAUGUCAAGACAACUCAGUAAAGGAUCCGGGUAGUGAUGACAAUGCAACGGGGCCGGAAAAGGUGAUAAUAGGGGAAGAAAAUGCCAUAACCAACAAAGAAAGUGACAGCGUGGUGUCAGACAUCAGCAAUAGUCAAAAACUCAAGGAAGAUUUGACUGCCAUGGAUUCUACGAUGGUAGAUGGGAUUAAUGAAGAAAAUUAGCAGAUUUACACAAACCUCCAAGACCAGACUGUUGCAUUACAAAACGUUUGUCUUUGUUCCUGCAGGCUAAGUUUUAAUGGGUUCAUGCUGAGUCAUUUAUUAAACCUUUUUUGCUGGAAGGACUUUGACAUUACAUGGUCCAAAAAACACGGCAGUACCCAUCUUGACUACAACGGUCUCCAUCUUCUGCAGCUAGAGAUCGACUGGAAGUCGAUAUGCAGCUGAAAUCACUUGUCAAAAGUAACCCCUUCUGUUUAAGGUGAUUCAGAAGCUGGAUUUGGUCUUAGGAAAAAUUCUGAAGAGUUCUGCACUUGAAUAGCUUCUAACAAACUACAAGGAGAACACGAAAACUUUGUUUCAGUUGAUAUCUUCUGCACUGUGCUCACAGGCAGGUCCAAGCUAGUCUGAUACAUCUGUCAGACAGUUUGCUCUAGGCACAGUUGGAUCUAAUCCAUUUAAGACUCCUGUGUUCCUGCCCAGUGUGUUCUUGACACUUUUAUUUUUUUUUUUUCAGAAAAGGAAUCAAAACCAAAAAAAAAAAAAAAACUAUUUUGCCUGGUUCAAACUGGUUAAGGUAAAACCAGCUAGCGGGGGUUGCCAAUCACGUGGUACAUAGUAAUAAGGUGGUCUCACGUGAACCAUGUUCUUGAACUGAUCAAACUCUUGGAUCAAUGCAAAAUCCUAUUCACCUUGUGCUGGCUUAGGAUUGGUGGGACACGAUUUUAUCCUGACUUUUUCAAACUGCUUGACACCAGUUCAAACUGGUGAAACCUCUUUCACUCCAGAAUGAAGUGUUCUCUUUGUCGUCCACUUGGAGAAAAACAAGGGGACUAUAUUUUUUACUUUCCUCUGUGCCAUGAUACUAGUUAUGUGCCUGGCUGCCUGCCUAAUCGAACAACCAUCUAUUAACCUGCUUAACAUUUAUUAUAAUAAUGAAAAGAAUUGUAAUAAUAGUAAUAAUACAAACAAUAAUUGUGUUACCAUACAAAGAUGCAAUUUGCUACAUAUGUUAUUUUAAAGGCAAAGAAUGCUUUUUUUGCAGGAAACUGUUCUAUAAAACUGUCUAUUUGAGUUUUUUCUAUUGUUUUGAAGUUCUCAGCUAUGUUUUAAUAAAAUGUUUAAAGGCCAUCUAACAGAAAUGGUACGCCAGAGGGGAGUAUGUGCAUGUGUGCAAUUGUGUAAUUGCAUCAACUGUCUCCAAAUGAUGACGUAAACAUAAUGAAGGCUUACACGGAGUUUCUCAGUCCUCAGGGGUCCCACGUGUUGCACACCAGCCCACCUGCUUCACAGCGAUGUGACACAUCAGUGUUGCAUGUUAUGCUUGUAUGACAUGUCUCUUAAUGUUCCCUCUCAUACAUGUUCCCAAUUGUGUUUGUUUAGAAGUAAUUGUGGAUUUUGUAUGUAAUUCUUUUUUCAUGUCUAUAUACUUAGGUUACAAAAUUUUAUAAAGAAAUUUAGGAACUUAGGGUGUAAGACCCUAAAUUUUACGAAUGGAUCAACCAUUUGAGGAACUUUCUGUGUACAGAGCUGACAGAGAUUCCUGAAUACAGUGGUUUUUUCUCUUAGGUCAGUCACAUAGGUUAGUUCUACGUAGCAUUUUAGCAUUCUUUAAACUGCAUAGCACAUUUAAGUUGAUUAUUUGACUUGUGACACGUCUAAUAACAUGUGAAACUGUAGGAAGAUGUUAUAUAAUACAUUAUGAUUUCAAUUUGAUUAAAGGGAUAACUGAUCACAUCUCCAGCCAAAUCAUACAUGUUCCCUGGUGGAAUUGUUUUAUUUUUUGGUAAAACUUUGGGCGGAAAUGCCCUGUCCAACUCCUUCAGCCUCCCUGCCUUAAAAACAGAAAACCCAACAAUAAAAAAGGAGGCAUUCUAAGUAUGCCAUAAAAUGUCAGAUAACUAAAGAACUAAAGAAGAGGAAAAAUAGUCUUAAGCAACCAAUGUACACACACGCACACACACACAAAUCAGCUUAGUGCCUGCUCACUUAUUUUUGUUUUCUUUUCCCAUAUUUUAUCUUUUUAGUCAAAAUGUGUAUUUUCUUGGGAGAAUAUGAGCCAAAGUCCAAAGAUUCCUUGGCUUGAUCAUUGAGUUAAAUACUUCAUUUUCUAACUGAUCAUUUCUGGUCUCUAGAGACAGAUCUUUAGCUGCCUUUGGUCACUGUGAUAACUAUUAAGGACAAACUAUUUUGAAGUUGUUACAUGUACGUACACUACCUUGUCAAAUUGUUGAGCCAUGUGCCUCAUUUACACCAGUGGGUGGAUUUAGACAGAAGACAAUGCCUUAUCAUUGAAACUCUAGUAUGAAAGUGGAAUUAAUCCCUUCCAACUUGCCAGUUAUUUGCAGAUACUUCCGCUCAAACAGCCGAAUCACUACCAGUAUUGGUAUAAUCGUGAAAAAAAUUCAGCUACUUAAAUGAUUAUUGUUUCUGUUACUGCUGAAAGUUAUGAGUACAUGUUGAGGAAAACUGUGUGGUUGUGAUGACAAAAAAAAUAAAUACAUUUCUUGAUGCAGAAAUAAAUUUGCUUUAAUGAAAGCAAAAAAAAAUGUAACCAGCUAACACCAGAGCUUUAGCUCCAGGGUUGAUAUUCUUUCAAAUACCGUAACUCUUCAAUACAAUUAAUGUAAUCCCAUCAGAUUAUGAAGCAUAGAAAAGUAGCUUUGCGCUGAUAUGCAACACUUGACAAUGGUAAGGUGCUUACGCUAUCAACCUAAGCAGAGAAAUGCAGCUGUGCGCCAUUAUGCAACACUUUAUGUUAAUCAGUGCAUAUGAUAUUCAAAGCCGCUUUUCUCUGAGUCAGAACCAGCUGAUUGGGGUUGAUGACGUAAACGUUCAAAGAGUUACGCUGUAUGGCAAAGAGCGUGUGUUAUUUUAGUGUCGCCAGCGACAUCUCCAGUGUUAAAGGGUCAUCUAAGAGUUUAAACAUUUUUGUUUGGCAAAUUCUGGUUAGUACUGGAAGACAUUUUAUUCUAUAAGGACAUGACUACAACUGAAGGAACUGCCAACUAAGCGAAUGCUGUUCACAGACUUGUUCAGUGCUUUCCUAAGAGACAUGACGAUGAUCUGGACAGUUAAGUAGUGCCUCAACAGCAGAGGGGAGAUGAUGUCUUCAUUCUCUCAAUUUGUCUCCAUUUUUCUCUUUUCUUCCUGUCAACAUUACUUUAAAUUGAAUUCUCAUGAGGAUGUUUUUUUUUUAAACCACUGCAGUCUCUUUGUAGUAUUUCAGUUCCAGCGGUCUUCUAUCUCUUACUACUCUGUAUUAAAUUUGGCAAGGGUGGAGAUAGUCCAGGUCUUUCUAUCAGCUCUAGUUAACUUAACAAAUGGAUUUUUAUUUAAGCAUGUCUUUGGUUUUUUAACCCUUUAACACCGGAGCUUAGGCUUCUGUGUUGAUAUUUUUAGACUACCAUAACUGUUCAACCGCUAACGCAAUGAACGUACAUCCAGUGGAUUUCGACACAGAGAAAAGCAGUGUUGUGCACUGUACAGCUGCGACGUUCUUACACAAUUAACAUAAAUCUGCUCAUUCAGUCGCUGAAAAAAAUGAGUUAUGCAACACAAUACUAACGUAAAGUGUUGCAUGACGGCGCAAAGCCGAUAUACAAAGCUGCUUUCCUCUGCAUGAAGUUACAAUUACACCACCCUCAGCAAAGUGCAUACAAGCAACACUUCCAAUUAAAAGUCUAUGUAAACGUAUGUUAAUAGGGGUUUAAGGGUUCUAUAUUAAAAACUCAUUCACGUAUCGCUAUGCAAGCUCCUACUUCCGUUUUCGGGCUCUACAUACAAAAAUGCGCAUCCUUUGAACUUGCGUUGGAAGUUAAACCAUUUGAGCUUUGACCAAUCAGGGAUUCUGAUUUGGUUCUGACUUAUGGCUAUAAAAGAAAAGGCCUGGACUAGCGAGAUUUGCACCACUUCGACAUUUAGCACUAUGCCUCUUCCAACAGUAGGUUGGAAGACACCAUCAGCUAAACGCCUAUUCAAGAAAAUCAACUAAUUUACGUUGAUCACAUCAAGAAGUUAUGGUACGCAAAGUAGUGUGUUAUUUAAAACUGAAGACAUAUUUGCUUUUAAAAGGUUGUUCUAUUAUCUCUAUUGCUUUGUCACAUUGUCAUAGUCAUAGUGGUUUUUUGGGGGGUUUUUUCCAAUGGGAUUGACUUUUAAACAGAGGAAAUUGGCUUUUUUUCUUUUGCAAAAAAAAGGACUUUGGGAAAAAAAAAAUGUUCUUUUUCCUUAGAGUUCCUUAAAAACAAGUGUACGGGGAUUGUGGGGGGAAGAAAAGGAUUACCCAGUUUUGCUUUACUUUUAGUGAAAUCUGGAUUAACUUGAUGAACUACAAAGAUUUCUCUGUUGACUGGAAUGAAAUAAAAGUUUUCAAGCCCGAAUGUUUUAGAGGGACUUACCUUAGCUUUGAAGAAAAUUCCUUUUGGCGGUGACCGAGCUGGAGCAAAAAACAGCUUUGACAAUGAAAAUUUGUGCAAACUUAGUGCGCACUGUAUCAUGUAAAUGCCCUGCAGGAUCUCCUUGGGAUCUGUCCUUUUGUUUGUUUUUUGUACGAUUUAAGCAAAAAAAAAGUCAUUUUGACUUUCAGAUUAUGGUAAUGGUUAUGCAAAUGUGUCAAGAACCCAGGUUUUACAGAACAUCAGUAAUAAUUUUCUGGCAUUUCAAAGCAUUCACAGCGUUUACAUUGGGAGGCCUUAAUAAGUGGUUUACUUUUCCUUUGUGUCCGAAUGUGUUAUAAAAAGUGUUGCUGUUGCUUGCACUCCGUUUAUUAUGUUCUUGUUGCCAAGGAAGGGAAAACACGCGUGUGCAGUGGUACGAAGUAAAUGUGCAUUUCAAAGUGUACAGUGUUAACCAAGGCCAGUUUGAUUUUGGCUGAACACACACACUCAUGCACACACUGAGCAAGUAUGUACAUUUAUUCAUUAUGUUUAGUAGUUGUUCUGUUGAAUGGUUCCAUUAGAAAAAAAAAUGGAUCGUUUUCUCCUUUUUUAGGUUCUCUGUCAUGUUGUAUUUUAUCCUGCUACCUUUUCUUUAUGUUACUGUUUAGAUUUUUAUUUCAUGCAAGUAUGUCAACAUAUUUUGACAGCCAAGAAACAUUUUGUUACACAGCUAAACUUGAAAAAGAAUAAUGAUAAUAAAUAAAUACAAGUAAUAACAAA